GACUACGAACGUCCUGAGCCGGUGCAUUUCAACGACCCAGAGGAUAUCGCAGCCAUCCGUUCCAUACACUCCGGCCAUCAUUUUCUAGGACGUCAACAAGGCAGCGUUCGACCGUCAUUCGAUUCUCAGCGAGAUCCCAUAGCCGUCGCCCCCGCUUUUGAGCCGAGUCACUUUCUCGAUCCCGCACCAGAGCCUACAGAGCGCAGAGGAUGGUUCUCCCGCUUGCGGCGGCCUGCUGCUGCGCGCACUGCCCCACCCCCGACGCGUCCUGAACCCCCAGACGAUGUCGUACCCAUGACACCUAUCGCCGGGCAGCCGCAAGGAAAGCCCACACCUCUUCGCAAGAGCAGGAAGCGGUUCUCCCUCGAAGAGGACGAUCCGUUUUGCCCUCGAGCAGGCGUGUCUGCUGAAGACGCGGAAGCGAUGCGCUACGAAGCUGGACCGAGCGGAGUCCCUCAUUCCGACAAGGGCAGCGUGAGGCAGGGGAGUGCGAGGGAGGAAGUACGCUCGCAGCGCUCGAUGGCUAGGAGCCAGAGGUCGGACCCGCAUGCGCAAGGUUUCGCAUAUGCACAGUUUAGUGAGGAACAUCAUCCAGCGGCAGCGGAAUACCCGCCUAUUUCGCAGAUGGACAGAGGGUUCCAGAGGAUCAGCGGGGGGAAACUGACCAAGAGAGGGAGGAGGAACACUUUGGAAGGCUCCGAAGGUGCACCAGACCUGUCAGCCUACAUGCCCGCCCAAUCCGAGCGCAAUCUCCCGCCAACAACCGACGCGCCUCGAAGGCGGCUCUUCUCCCUCGGACGGCGGAAGUCCACCACCGGCCCUGCACCUGCACCCGCGCCCGCGCCCGCACCUGCACCUGUACCUCCUCCCAAAUCCGCCUCUGUCCGAUCGGUGCGCAGCGAAGGCCCCCCUGUGCCGGCACACGAUGCUCCCCUUCCUUCUUCCCCUGGUUCCCCAGGCCCGGGUAGCAUGCACGAGCAGCCUUUCCCACUCGUCGUCGCCCGGGAGCUGACCGCCUCCCCCGCCCACUCCCGCACAGCUAGUCUCCCCGACCGCCGAAUCUCAGACCCGCGCAGCGCCGGCUCCGGGGGCACGCGCCGUUCCUCCCGGCGAGUAUCGGACGUGCCCUUCCCCGGCCAGCCCCCAGCAGGCUACUACCCAGAGAUGUACCACGACCAGACUGUCUUCCAGGAAAGCGCGAGCAUUGCCCCGACGAUGUCUCGCGGCCCGCCGUCGUUGCAGGAACAACGACAGCUACAGAGGAACGUGCUUUCUCGUCGGUCGGCGAGGAGGAGCACUAGAAGCGGGAGCGUGAUGGGUUCUGAAGGGGAACGGAGUGGGAGUGUGCGGCCGGAACAGGGUCAUCCGCCGGGGAGCACGCAGGGGAGUGUGCAUGGACCGACUAUACAUUCCCCUGAGGGCACGCCGGGGGAGGCGAGGGACCCGUUUGAUCGACCAAUGCCUGUGACGGAGGGGCCGCAGAGGAGGAGAGUGCUUAGGUUCUUGCCCCCUUUUGGGAGGAGAGAGACGUUGCAGUCCCCUAUUGAAGAACGGUCGGAGGGCACAUGGGAGCAGUCUCCGAGCGAGGAAACUCGCCCACGCAGGCCGAGUCUCCUGGGGAGGAUGAUGAGGCGGCGAUCUACUGAGGGCCCGAGCGUACACGAAGCAGAAGUUCCUGCAAGCGAGGGCGACCAGCAUUCGCAGAAAGGCACGCGUGGAAGGAGGAGCAGUCUCCUCCGGACCUUUACUCGCAGGGUUAAUGACGGCCCAACCGAAGUCAUUGGUGACUCACCGAUGUCGCCCGAGAUGGGUUCCCAGCACGCCGGGAGCUCGCACCAAGGCAGUCGGGGGCGGAAGAACAGUCUUUUAGGCUUAUUCAGGCGCAGUUCUAGGGAAGAGCCACACGAGGAGGCACCUCUUGCCACGUACGGCUACGAUAUCCCAGGCAGCGUACAAGACGAAAGCAGUCACACGGGCACGCAGCGCUCGCGCUCAUCCAAACGACGCAGAGGUAGCUUACUGUCACGCUUGAGAGGCAAUAGGAUGGAGGAAGAUGAUGCUGGAGCGCCUGUCGACGACCAGGGGUUGCAUGACGAGGGGAUGCAUGGUACGGAGGGACCGCAUGAGUUUGGCGGAGACGAGCACAUGCCCGAGGACAUGCAUUUCGAGCCCGCGGGCGAUGAACAUCCAGCGUAUCCGGUGGAGGGCAUGCAGGAGCACUCGGGCUGGGGGGAGCCGACGGACAUGCCUUCCCAGCCAGAGUGGCACGAACAGGAGGCGAUGGCCGACGCGCCAACUACUCAGGAGCCAGAGGGCAUCCCAGUUAUCGCUCGUGCCGUCCCGGCCGAGAGCUCCGCAGCAGCAGCCGCACCGCCCGAACCGCUGUACUACCAAGUCCCGCCACUCGAUCCUGGGGCACCUGUGGUGGACGCAACGACGUUUGGGAUGUCCACGCCCGGCACGCGUAUCAAGAAGGAAGCGUUGUUCGACGGGGCUCUCGUGCUAUAUGUUGACGAGGAGGCGAAGGUCGAUGUUGGUAGGCUCACGCCUGACGGACAGGUCGAGUUCGACACUCCCGUACCCGAAGGUUGGAAGAUAGAUGCCAUAAUCACCUUCCCUGCCGGGCUCGCUCUCAACCCUGCAUGACCAGGCAGUGUCUGCGACGUACAUUUUGUACAAUACUGUACAUAUUGGCACUCGAUGCGCCACGAGUCCGCGCUGUUUCGUCUGCCUGGGAACGGCGUGAAUGUAUAUAAAUCUGGUUCCUAGUGCCUGAGCUGUUGCACGUUGUUGUCGUUUACAUAAGAAUGUCUGUUGUAGCAGUGCAAUCCCAUGAAUCAAAUCGAUGCAAU